UGGAGACUUGUCGUUUCACGCAAAGGUCACCUGGGACCCGAGGUAGGCGAGACUCAGUGUAAAUGGCUGAAUAAAGAUCUCUAGCUCAAGCAGUUUACAUUGAAGAAAAAUGGCCACAAUUCCGGGGUGUUGCAAAAUACUUCGCAAUUAAGGGGGUGCCUCCUAUAGAGAAAUGCGACAUGUCUGGUCGGCUUAGUUCAUUGACUAACGUUAUAUGACCCAGCAAAUAUUUGCGAGAUGGAUGUCUUGCUUCCUCUUCCGUAAUCUCUGGUACCGGUAGGAGUUCGUGUCCGCCAAGCCGGGUAACGUCACUUCUCCGCGAAGAGCAAAAUACGGAUGCCGAAUGGAAUACCACAACAGUAGUUGGUCCAGAAUCAGGUUGCCCUUGGAGAUGGGAGACUGAUCUGACAUAAUGUGAUUGGCCAGUCUGAGACUGAAGCUUCCCUGACUCUUCCCCCAGCGAAUGUAGAACACCAAAUGCCUGCUGACGAGCAGUCUGCCCCCUCUGCUCAAAAUGCAGAGCAGGGUCAUACAGAUCCACAGAAGGAGAUGGACACUGUUAGCAGGGGGGAGAGGGAGGAGGAGCAGCCCGGGCCGUCCAGAGUUCCUCCCCCCAGACAGGGCUACUGCAGCUGCUGCCAGAUACUCUACAACAACGUGGAGCAGCACAUCCUAAGCCCCAGACACAGGGAGGUGGUUCAUAGCACUCGCACCUACGUCCCCUCUGGAAGCCUGAUGGAGAGAUUCUUAUCUGACGUAAUCCAGCAUCACCCGCACCUCUACAACGACCCUCGCCCCACCCACGCUGACCUGCCAUCUCUGAGCAGCCCGCUGGUUCCCAGGGAGGAGCUAUUGGAUCUCUGCGCCAGCAACGAUGACAGGGCGUCGUUCGGAACCCGAGAGCACAUGCCCAGCUCUGACGACUCUUCCUGUCAGCUCGUUUACGUACAGGAAGCGGAUGUUGCCUCGGAAACAAGGACCAGCCAACCAGAAGAAGGUAGAGGGGGAAAUGUGGGGUCAGAGAGGUUAACCCCAACUGCUCCAGACAGGGAUAUAAGACCAAGUUCUGAGGAAGGGACUCACUCACACCCACCUUCCCCGGACCACUUACCAACACACCCCACGAGACCUUGUAGCCAGAAGCAAACCCCUCCUCCGCUCCACCGGAAAGCACACAGGAAGACCAACCGGCGGAGAGAGAGAGGGAGCAACUCCUCUUCCUCCAUCCAUCCUCCCUGCUCCCCUGCUUCUCCACAGUUGUGUGCUACCCCAACGGACCAGAUAACCCAGGAAACACCAGAGAACCAGCCUCCCUACAGGCCGAGGGACUGGACCACAGACCCCAAGCCCCGGACGGUAAACACUGGCUGGGCCGCGUGGGCAGGGGUGCCCCCAUGGAGGCGGAGGGAGACCCAGAAGGAGCAGGCGUUCUCCAGUGACCACUCCGACCCUGAGGGGGACACGAUAGAGGAGGUGAUCCAGAGACACUGCUACGGCCGCAGUCCCACACAACACCACCAGAGGGACCACAACAUAUGGACAGGGGGGGAGAGAGGAGAGGCAAGGGGGGAUACGGACAGCUUCCACCUUAGCCUCCCUGGCUCACUGGGAGUGGGUUCGGGAUCGGAUGAGGACUGGGAUACCCCUGUGCAGGUGGCUAUUGGGAGGGGGCAGGAGCGGAGGAAGGACAUCCCUGUGGUAGUGGGCUUAAGGCAGGGUGGAGGGGAGCGGGAAGGCAGGGCCCUGGCCUGUCUCAUGGAGGUACAGGUGAACAUGGAGGACCAGGUGUACACCAGCCAGCUGGAUUCUGCCCUCAACCCUGAGACUAGGACGGCGGGGGAGGCAGGGAUGGGGGAGACAGAGGGAGAAAUGGAACGAACAGUGGAGGAGAUUCUCCCUGCACUCCCCCACAUCCCUGUGUCCUUCCUGGGGAAGACGUGGACCCAGGUGCUGCUGGAGGACGAGCAGAAGGUGGAGAACAUGGUCCGAGAGUUCCGACAAGGAAGGUUCAUCUGCUACUUCACAAGCGAAUCCCUCACCAGGCAUGGGAAGCGGAGCAGCAGAGAUAUGGAGCGUGGCCAGAAGGAGGGGUUGGAAGACGGGGGGUGGGUUCCGCUUGGUGACCAUGACAAUGAAGAUGACGACCCAGAAUGCCACAGGAGGGGGAGGGAGGUGUUUAGGCGGAGGAAAGUUAGUAGGAGUUAUCGCCUGGCGUCCAGGUGUCAGGUGGUCAAAGUGAGUCACGGGACACAGACUACAGCAGCCAUCAUCCCCACCAUCCGACAGAGAACGCUGGACCAGACGGGCACAUCCCCGGACAUCCUAACGCUGCCCUGUCAGGACCCCGGCGUUGACCAGGAGAAGACCCCAAUGAUGAAGACAAGGCUGUGCUCUCUCCGCCUGCCUGUCUCCUACUCCCGCAUCAUGACCCCCCUGCAGCCCAAAACCACCCUGAUCUAUGUCCUCUCCUCCCCCGAAACCCCUCCCUUUGACCCCAAGCCCCGCCUCAGACCUAUCGCCAGGGGCAACCGCGGCAGGAAAAGGUCAUGUGACGGGUGUGAAGGCGACGUGGGGGCCAAGGUCAAAUACAAAAGGGUUCCUCUGAGGUACUAUGACCCUGCCACACACCGCAUUCUGAAGACCCCUCCCAAGGGCUUGAAUCUCACCCCCUCCUCCUCUGGCCUCCCCAGACCCCCCCAGUCCCACGUGGUCAGACAACUGUUCAGGAGCCUGAGUCCAGACAUCAAUACAGAGAGACAGGGGGGAGAGGGAGGGAGAGACGGGUCGGGGGGUAGGAGGAGGGGUCGUAGCGGGGACAGUGUGGCAUCGGGGUCACUCUUAGAGGCAGGGGGGUCAUUUGCAGCUGAAGGUCAGGGUUCAUCGGAGGCAGGGUCAUCUGUGACUACGCCCUUCAGCCGCUCCUCUCUGUCCAAUAGCAGCCGAUUUCUACUGAGCACGCUCUCUCCCGACACGAACUCUAACCCAGAAGUGACCCGGCAGCGGAGGCGGAGAGGAGCAGAACGGAAGUUAAAGACGGACCGACCUCUAACCCCUGAGAAAGACCACUCUCCUCCGUACAGGCCUUGGACAAGAGGGGGUAGGGGAGAACGGCAACCAGCAAGACGCAGCUCAAAAAGGGGGCGACCACCUCAAAUCAGCCCUCCACCUAAACCCCCACCACCCCAGGACCUCUCUCCCACAGUCGGGUCCAGGAAAGGGUUCUCGCGACGGAUCGCAGAGAGUAAGAAACUCCCAAGGCCCAAAAGCCCAGCCAGGGGGGUCACUUCGACCCCUCUGAAACAGGCCAUCAGAACACCAAGCCGCCGGUCGUCCCCCGACACACCCCUGCUCCACUGCCCACCCGAACACUGAGGAGGAGCGUGAGGAGAUGACAGGAUGCAUCUCAACAGUCUACAGGGGCUUCCUUUCCUUGUCUCCUUUCCUCCAGAUACACUGACAUGAAAUAAAAUGGGCGUGUUUAGCAGGGUGAAUGUUCAUA